CUCCGCCUUCUAGUCUCUGCGCUUUCUAAACCUUUGUACACAACCUUUCGUCAGUCCAAGAUGUUCUCCAAGAUAUCCUCCAUUACUUUCGGUCUCCUCGCCUUCGCCGUCACCUCCAGUCUCGCAGAUCAUUGGAUCACUGUCGUGAACAAUUGCGGUUCCACGGUCAACCCCACUGUCGUCGACACGUCCUGCACCUAUAGCGCCUCACGCUGCGGCCAGACAAGUACUUACGGUGGUCCUUGGAGUCAAACAAUCGGCGCCGGAGGUUCGGCCAUCUUCAAGCUUCCCAACAACUUUGUUGGUCGUAUUUUCGAUUCAUACAGCGGUGGAUGUGGUUCCGAUGGUUGGGACUGCAGCCUGUUGGAGUAUAACUUCGACAACGGAGACAGUGCGACAGAUCAAAGCUAUGAUCUCUCUAACAUCCAGGGCUUCACGCGUGGCCAGAUGGCUGUUCCCUAUCCCUCCAACACGGGAUGUCUGACCAAGACUUGCUUCACAUCCGGGUGUGAUGCCUCUCAAGCCUACCCAGUCGGUGACGAGGGCGACAAUGCUGCCAACACAAGUUGUGGGUCAGCCGAUCUCGGGAUUGCGCUUUACUACUGCGCUGCCUAAAGCCAUACGAGCAAGUAAAUUCAAGUUAACGGGUUCUAGGUGUUGAAGGGGAAUUCUUCGGACGAUCGGACGUUUACCAUAAUCGAAAACAAUAACGCUAGUAUUAAAGUAUUCAUGAGCCUACAAAUACUGUAACGAAGGAGCCUCGAAAAUGUAUUGGACGACACUGGCGAGGAAUCCAGUGUACUUAUCUCGUGGAGUCUGUACUGUGUGUGGCGGUGGCAAAAGUAUGAAAUGAGCGGGCCGUCUGCCGAGAUUAUUGGC